AUGUCCACUCCACACGAAGGCAAUGCUGUGUUUCUUCAAAACUUUGCCGUCCAGCAGGCCCAGAGGCGAGCGACAAAUCAAAAGCCAAUAUUCUCGAUUGAUGAGCAUGCUGCGCACCGAGCGCAGUUGACCGAUGUUGUUUUCAUCAAGCCCAAAUACUCUGAUGAAACUGAGAUUAACGUUGCGGGCAUUUUUAGAAAAUGGGUGAGGUACUGCACCGAUCUGAAAGUGGGCGACUGGAAGGCAACGAUCCAGAACCUCAAACGCGAAACGACGCAGGAUUUCGUCCUCCACAUGUGUGAACGAUAUAACAUUACAUCAUGGGGCAGUAUGGCGGAGUACAUUCGCCAAUUCCAGCAGCUCUACACAAAUAUUAAUGGACAAUACAUGGACCGGAAUCAUUCCAAGGAGGUAUAUAAGUAUUAUCGACGCGUUUGUGUCCCUCGUUUCGGCCAUCGCGCACCGAACAUCGAUGGGAAGCCGGUGCUGAACGUGGACAACCUAUGUGUCAUUCUUACGUUCAACAUCGCUUUCGAUACCUCCAUCUUCCCCGGCGAACGGCAUCGCAUCAACCUCGCCGGCUGCUACCAGCUCUUGUGUUAUACCGGAGCACGGCCUGCUGAGCUGGUGGAUGGCGAACGGAAGAAGCCGAAGGACGGCUCUUUGGAAGAAGUCUUUGGCCACAAGGUUGGCCAAUUGCCAUCCUCAGAAAACAGUGAGAGUUCUGUGAUGUCUCCCGAUGAGAGGGCCAAACUAGUUGAGGGCCUUCUCACGCACGAGACUAUGGGACGCGGUCGUCCUAAGGCCCUCUGCUACGAAGACAUUCUGAUGAUGAUCGUGCGGCAUCCCGUCACCGGACGGUGUAUACCGGCUAUGGCCAUCAAGUUCAUCUAUCAUAAGGGGGCCGAUAACAAGCCCAAGCCGACCAUCUUCUUCUUCACUCCCGCUAGGAAGCUUCUCUUCUGUGCGGUCUCUACGAUCCUCGCCCUUGCCCUCCAUGACAACGCCUUCGAUGCACCGAGCUUGACGACCGCGUCUGCAAUAUUUGGAUCGAAACCUCCAUCCUUCAAAGACGCCGUUGCCCUCCGCUGGAAGGCAUCCAAAUUGAAGAUCCCAGUCUUCCGUCGGUAUCGUGGGGCGACCCUCUCCGAUUAUGAGGCCAUGCUAUAUUCCAAGCUCCGAGACGACAUCAGUGCCCAGAGCCUCGACUCAGGACACGAGAAACCAUGGACGCCCCGAUUUGCUCGGAGAGGUGCCGGCAACGCUGCCAACGGUGAUGCUACAGACUCAGUCCGUGACCAGAUGAUGCGUCAUGAUCCUCAAUUCGCGACAUUUCAUCAUGCGUACCUCAACGAAAUUGCUAACUUCGACCUUCAAAACGCAUUCCUGGAGGAGGAAAAGCAGAGCCAACUAUUCCGGCUGUUCGCUCACGUAAGUCUGACACGUGACCCUCGAGCCACCGCCGACAUGGUUCCCGAGGAUGUGUGGGCAAAUCUGCCACCGGACCCAGAAAUUGUGGAGCUAGAAGAACAGCGCGCAGAACUCAAGCAAGGCAACUACCGGAUUGACGGCCAUCCAAAUGAAGAAAAGAUCCGGCAGCUCACAGAGAAAAUUCGCAAGAGGCGUGCGCAGCGUGACAAGCAAGUAGUGAAGCAAUAUCGUGAACACUAUUUUUAUCACCGUCCUACUUGGGAUAUUGAAAGACAGGCCAGGGGGGAAAGGGAGGAAGAGUACAUCGAGCCCAUCAUCAAUGUCACGAUUCCCGAACGCGCAAGAUUAGCCGAGAUUUUCUGCCAUCAACCCGACGACUUGGCGGAAGAUCAAAUCUUUCAGCUCAAGAUCGAGGCUGUCGGUCUAAUGGUAGCUCUCUGCGGCAAGAGAGAGACGGUCAAGCGUAACCAUGUCCAACGAAUAGCCAAAGCCUGUCCCCCCGUGAAGGUUGAGCCUCUCGAGAUAGAACAUGAACUACCGUCCAGCCCUGAUCUAUUCCCCCUGCUCCUGGGUGCUGCGCAGUGUCCUGAUUGUGUCGGCGAUGAGCGACUCUCUUGUGAGGAGCGCACCUUCACAUAUUGCCGUCCAACUGUCAUGAACGACCAUUUCGACGAUCAGCAUCUGGUCAAACGCGAGCAAGCCGAGCGGAGCGGCGAGAAUAUACGAUGCGAACAUCCCAAGUGCCGAGACCUUAAGUUCAAGCACGUCAAUCACUUCCGAAGUCAUGUGCAGAAAGUCCACGGUGUUACCCUGCGAUCAUCAGAGCAAGAGUAUAUUCGUCAGUUUCAGCAGCUGUACACAACGGUCACUGGCCAGUACAUGGGCCGGAAUGACGCUAAGGAAGUAUACAAGUACUAUCGCCAAGUUUUGGCUCCUCGUUUCGGCCACCGAGCGCCCAAUAUCGACGGCAAGCCGGUCCUCAAUGUGGACAACCUACGUGUUAUUUUGACGUUCAACAUCGCAUACGAUACGAGCAUUUUCCCCGGUGAGCGGCACCGCAUCAACCUGGCUGGCUGUUAUCAGCUAUUGUGCUACACCGGGGCACGACCUGCUGAGCUUUUUGUCCAGUCGCUCCCUUCCGACGCCGACGACAUCGACGAAGAUAAUAGCCCUCUCCUGGAUAAAGGCUCUAAACUCAAGAGGCGUGGGCGUCCAAAGGCUCUCUGCUAUGAAGAUGUUCAGAUGCUGAUCGUGCGGCACCCGAUCACGGGACGGUGUAUGCCUGCUAUGGCCGUUAAGUUCGUUCAUCACAAAGGGGCUGAUAAGAAACCCAAGCCGACGAUCUUCUACUUCACCCCUACCAGAAAGAUUCUCUUCUGUGCUAUCUCUACCAUUAUCGCCCUUGCUCUACAUGAUGAUGCCUUUGAUGCAGCAAGCUUGACAGAUGCAAAGAGCAUCUUUAGGUCGAAGCCACCGCGGUUCAAGGAAUGUACUCCGCUCCGAUGGAAGGCUUCUAAGCUGAAGACUCCAGUAUUCCGUUGGUACCAUGGCGCCACACUCUCACACACUGACGCUAUGUUGUAUUCGAAGCUUAGAGAUGAUAUCGGCCAACAGAGUCUCGACUCGGGGCACGAGAGAAGGUGGACGCCCAGGUUCACUCGGAGGGGUGCUGCCAAUGCAGCUAAUGGAGAUACACCAGACACUGUCCGUGACCAAAUGAUGCGCCACAAUCCUCAAUUUGUGACAUUCCACCACGCUUAUCUCAAUGAGAUCGCCAACUUUGAUAUCCAGAAUGCGUUUCUCGAGGAAGAGAAGGAGACGCAGCUAUUUCGGCUAUUCGCACACGUCAGCCUUACACGCGACCCUCGAGCGACUUCCGACAUGGUACCCAAGGAAGUAUGGGCGGGCUUAGCACCAGAUCCGAACAUCCAAAAGCUUGAACAGCAACGCGCCACACUCAGAGAGGGGAACUACCAGAUCGAGGGCCAUCAAGACGAGAAGAGGAUCCGCAAGCUUACGAAUGAAAUCCGCUUGAAGCGUGCGCAGCGUCAAAAGGAGGUUGUCAAAGCAUACCGUGAGCAUUACUUUUAUCACCGGCCCACUUGGGAUAUUGAGAUGCAAGCACGGGGUGAAGAGGAAGAGGAGUAUGUGGAGCCGGUUAUCGACAUCAUCAUACCAACACGGGCUCGGCUAGCAGAGAUUCUCUGCUACCAGCCCGAUAACCUGAAUGAAGAUCAGACCCUUCAGUGUAGGAUUGAGGCCAUUGAUUUGAUGGUAGCGCUCUGCGACAAGAGAGAGACGGUCAAACGAGAUCGCGUCCAGCUAAGGGCCAGCCCCGAACCGCCUAUCAAAGUUGAGUCGCCCGGGGGGUACGGUGAAGUUGCGCCUAGUCCCGAUCCAUUCCCCCUUCUCCUGGGUGCCGCGCAGUGUCCUGAUUGUAUCGGUGAUGAGGGACUCUCUCAUGAAGAGCGCACCUUUACAUAUUGCCGUCCGACCGUCAGGAACGAUCAUUUCGAUGACCAGCAUCUAGCCGGGCGCGAGCAAGCUGAGAAACAGGGGCAAGCGAUCAAGUGUGAGCACCCAAAGUGUAGACAUAUUGACUUUCAACAUUUAGACCACUUCAGAAGUCAUGUGCAGCAGCAGCACGGCAUCACUCUACGGACGUCAAAUCAGGUAGAACAGAGGCGGCUGCGCAAAGCAAGACGCCGUCGAAUGGUAAAAGCUUAUUAA